AUGACAUGCAAAAUAGCAAUAAGUCCACAUCAUGAAAUUAAAGAACACGCGUACUACUAUGAUAAAAACAUGAUGACUAAAGUCCACGGGAAACGAUAUGCCUACAAAUUUGACUUUCGUGGUUUAAUGGCGGCAUGUCAAGCCCAGGUCCAGGGCUGUGAUGGCACCAUAAGUAUGUGGAGUUAUUACAAACACCAUCGCCACUCCUACCCUACAGGGUUCCAUGAUGACCAUUAUCAUAACCUCCAGUCGGAUCUAACCUCGCCCACUUCAUUUGCUAGCCUGGGCUUUUCAUCACCAUCUAUGGCGUCUAUGCCUUCACCCGUUGGAUUAUCCCACUCACCUAGCACUGGGUUGGGAAACCAAACACAUUUUCAUGCAACAGGUACAAAUUGGAUGCAACAUCAACAACAGCAGCAAUCAACGUUGAAUACAACCGCAAAUGCAACAUCUUUAAUGACCGAGAGAUCGCUUUCUUUGCAGGCAGCAGCACUUCCUUCCGCGACAAAGGCAGAUACAACUGUUGAUAAUGAUAGAAAUGCUAAUGGCGGAAAAAAUAACAAUAAUAGUACAUCCUUUUUCGUACGCCCGCCUCCAUACUGGACAUAUUCGCCGGGACCAUUCGAUCAUCGCCCACCGUCAAAUUCAUUAGAUUAA